AUGAAUACAGUACCAGAACGUUAUGAUGAAAUUUAUUUACGAUUAUCAAGACAAGGUGCACGUGUUCUUGCAUUAGGACAUCGAUCACUUGGAAUUCUUUCUAAUCAACAAUUACGUGAACAACAUGCAACACGUAGUUCCGUCGAACGUAAUUUGGAUUUUUGUGGAUUUGUUGUACUUUCAUGUCCGUUAAAACCAGAUUCAAAAGCAAUGAUUCGAGAAAUUCGUCAUUCAUCGCAUCAUUUAACAAUGAUCACAGGUGACAAUCCAUUGACUGCUUGUCAUGUAGCGAAAGAAUUACAUUUUACACGAAAACCUCUUCUUGUUCUUACUGCUCCAACUACUAAAUCAAACGAAUGGAAAUGGGAAUCUGUUCAUAAAGAUACUAAUUUGCCAAUACAACCUGCUAAUAUACGCGAUUUAACCCGACAAUAUGAUCUAUGCGUUACUGGCGAGGGUUUGGCAUAUCUUGGUACAUUACCCAUUUCUUUUCUUAAUACAAUAAUGCCUCAUGUAAAAGUAUUUGCUCGUGUAUCACCAAAACAAAAAGAACAAGUGAUUAUUAAAUUAAAUAAUCUUGGUUUUGUUACAUUAAUGUGUGGUGAUGGUACAAAUGAUGUUGCUGCACUUAAACAUGCACAUGUUGGUGUGGCUUUAUUAACUGGUGUAGCAGCUAAACGAACUGAACAACAACAAGAAAAUACAACCAAUCCAACGAGUGCUGUUCAACCACCGGCAGUAACAACAGUAACACCUCAACAACAAAUUCUUACACCCGCUGAAAUAGCGAUUCGAAAUCGAGAACAAGCAAAAAAACGCAUAGAAGAACUUUAUAAACAAAUGGAUGAAAAUGAACAAACAAUAGUUCGUCUUGGAGAUGCAUCAAUAGCAGCACCAUUUACAUCACGUACAUCAACAAUUCAAUGUGUUUGUCAUAUAAUAAAACAAGGUCGAUGUACUCUUGUAACAACAUUACAAAUGUUUAAAAUUCUUGCUUUAAAUGCACUCAUCUUAGCCUAUAGUUUAAGUGUACUUUAUCUUGAUGGUAUUAAAUUUAGUGAUGGACAACAUACAUUACAAGGUCUUUUAUUAGCUGGCUGCUUUUUAUUUAUAUCAAGAUCAAAGCCAUUGAAAACAUUAGCACGAGAACGUCCGUUACCGAAUAUUUUUAAUCUUUAUACAUUAAUUUCUGUUCUUGGACAAUUUGCAAUACAUCUCACAGCAUUAAUAUUUGUUGUUAAUGAAGCACAUAAAAGAAUACCACCAAGAAGUGACGAAUUCGUUGAUUUGGAAGCUGAAUUUGCGCCUAAUCUAGUCAACUCAACUGUUUAUAUUAUGUCAAUAACACUACAAAUAGCGACAUUUGCUGUUAAUUAUCAAGGUUAUCCAUUCAUGGAAAGCUUACGUUCGAAUAAACCACUUCUUUAUAGUAUCAUAUUUUCAUUUACGUUAGUUUCAAGUCUUAUAUUUAAUUUAAUUCCACAACUUACAGAGCAAUUUCAAAUUGUACUUAUUCCUGAUGAUAUGCGGCUUAUUGUGUUUUAUGUUGUAAUUGGUGACGUUAUUUUAGCGUAUAUCAUUGAUCGAGUUUUGGCAUACUUUCUUGGACAAGCGAAAUUAAAAGAAUAUUAA